AAAUGAUGGCACUGAGUUUGGUGGUUCCAUUUACCAGAAGGUGAAUGACCAGCUGGAGACAGCCGUCAACCUGGCCUGGACUGCCGGAAACAGCAACACCCGCUUUGGCAUCGCUGCCAAGUAUCAGAUUGAUUCUGAUGCAUCCUUCUCUGCCAAGGUGAACAACUCCAGUCUUGUGGGCCUGGGCUACACUCAGACUCUGAAGCCAGGCAUCAAGCUGACGCUCUCUGCUCUCCUUGACGGCAAGAACAUCAACGCUGGUGGCCACAAGCUUGGUCUCGGCCUCGAAUUCCAGGCAUAGGAGGAUGAGGCAGACGCCCUUCCAGUCCUCCCAGCGCACUCACACACACAUUCCCCACCAAAAAAAUAAAUUCCAAAUCCUUUAUUGAUUAGUUAGCCCUCCCCACAUUUCCCCUAGACAUGCUACAGCUGGGAGUAAGACAACAUAAAGGUCAAAUCGUUCUUGUGACGAUCUACCACUUUUAAAAGGACCACUUUAAGGGAACAAAUUUUGAAAAUAAAGAGCCAAAUUCAGAACAAAACUAGAACCAUUUAAUAGAAAGUUGUAUCUUGAAUUCCAAGGGAAAGGUAGCCUUGAGUAUGUUCAUGUUGGCCUCACUAUUUGUCAUUUCACUACAUUCAAUGCUUUAAUUUGUGUGUCUCCCUGCUUUCCAAUGCAGAUAAAAGGGAAAACUAAACUAGAUCAGCCCAAAAUGCAUAAAGGGCUCAACACUCAACGUACAGUUGAAUAGUUGCACCACCAGAUGGUGCUGUUGCAUAGCACCAUCAAGCACUCCUUGCUCAAAAGUUAGUGGUGAAACAACAGUUUUAUUUUCACUUUUGCACCGGAAGAGCUCCAGUGUCUGUCUUGAUAUAUUAUACAAUGGGAAAGGGUUAGUUGUCCCUGAUGUAAGCAGCUGUCAGUAGCUCAAAGAGACACUACACCCCAAUGUGUACAUUCUGUGUUUUUGUCUCACUUGUUUAUUGUGUCUGUGCAUUUGGUGUGAAACAUGUCUUUUGUUACAUAUAGCAGAAAUAAUAUUAUUUUAUUGACAGUCUUGCAUAGUUUAAUCCACCUGUGAAGUCUUACAAAGGCAAUGACUGGUCAAUUCUUCCUGGUCGAGCAAACAAAAGGAAACCUAUCAUGCACACAGAUGAACUUCUCUGGAUUAAAGUUACAGUACUUCUUUGAAGGAGAAUGAAAAGAAUAAAUACAGUGGACAGGAGAUUGUAGUCUUCCACAACUGGUUAUGGGAACUAUGCUUAGUGUACUUGACAGUAUUGUUAUUCCCUGAAUAAAAUAAAGGAACAUCUUGAACCAGUU